AUGCCGACAAAAACGCCCACCCAGUCCGACUUCCCCUCCAAUCUCACCGUCACCAUCACCCUCCCUCCUUCUUCCACCUCCACACCAACCCCGAACAUCCUCCUCCUACUACACGGCAUUGGCGACUCAGCCGCAGGCUUCACAUCAUUCGGCCGCGCCCUACGCCUCCCCGAAACAACUAUCAUCACCAUCCAAGCUCCAGCCCCGCUCCCCUUCGAUCUUGGCGGCUUCCACUGGGGCGACGAUCUAUCCUUCGACAGCCGAACCGGCGCACUAGACAUGGACGCAGGAUUCUCGCGGAGCACAGCUCUCCUCACGAAUGAAAUUAUCCGCCAGGUACUCGUUGAAAAAUGCGGCUACCAACUACGCGAGAUCAUGAUCCUGGGAUUUGGACAGGGCGGUAUGGUCGGUCUAGCCGCGGCGCGGGAGUUAGGCAGCGCAGCUGGAAAGGAGAAUCAGGACCGGAUAAGUGGGGCACUCGCAGGCGUGAUUUCUAUCGGGGCACCAUAUGCACUAUCUGGCACGCGUUCUGGCGCGAAGAAUCGCUCGCCAGUGCUGCUUGUUGCGGGACGGGACUCGGAGGCUGUGUCGGAUGGGGCGGUGCGUAGGACGAAGGAUGUCUUUGAAUUCGUGGAGGUUAGUCGGUAUGCGCGGAAAGGGGAUGGAAUGCCUUCGAAUCGGGAUGAGAUGCUUCCUGUGAUGCAGUUCUUUGCGAGGAGGUUGCGUAGUCGACAGGGUGUACCGGAGGGGAGUGUUGAGAUUGGGUGA